GCGCCAAUAUUGCAAGCAGCACAACAAAAAGAAUUCGAUUAAAUAGAAUUUGACUAGUCAACAUGGAUUUUAAUUUAAAGAAACGGGCACGACACGAUAUUAAAGUGGAAGUUGUUAGCCUUGAAACAAAGUAUCCACAUAAUGUAAUGCUUUAUCACUUUCCACCAACGGAGGACGUGCACAUCGAUGAAUUCGAAGAUCUCGCACUGGAGCGGCUGCGUUUGCUGCGUGUUUUCGAUCGGGCCACAACAAAGGGACUGCGCUUACUCUCUGAUGACUGGAAGGAAUAUGUGAAUUCUGAAAUGACUCGGGAUGGACUGCGGGGAUAUUUGCGCAUGUGCACCAAUGGCAACAACAAACAGGAGUCUGAUCUUCAAAUGCGUCGUCGGGAUUAUCUGUCGCACUUCAUAUUGCGUUUAGCCUAUUGUCGGUCAGAGGAUUUGUUGCGAUGGUUUGUGGCACGUGAAAUGGAGUUUUUCAAGUACAAAUUUGCGGCACUGACCACAAGUGAAAUUAAGCAAUUUCUCGAGGAGAACAGUUUUCACAUCCUGCCGCUGUCCGAAGAACAGAAAGACGAGGUCAAGGAUGGUCUCUAUGAGAGCACUGUGGGCCAGAGUGUGGCCAAGAUCGAACUGCUGGAGUUCUACAAAGUGCCCUUCACACAAGUCUUGGAUUUAGUGAGAACCCGACGCUGCUAUCUAAAAGCGGGCUUUGCUUAUGUAAAUACCCACGACCUGGUGUCGAUUGUGGGUGCCAGACAAAUGGAUGAAAUUGAGCGUGGCAUGCAGGCAGCCAAGUCCUUUAUCAAUGACGUGGAGGCUGACGAGCGCAUCUCCCGUAUGCUGAAGUCCUUGCACAACUCGUACACGGGCAAAGACUACACCGUAUGCAAGGAUGCUUCGGUGCCGAUUGAGUCACUGGACCAGCUCUCCAAAACAUCUAUGCCGCUGUGCAUGCGCAUGUGUCACGAUCAUAUACGCAGCCAACACCACAUUAAACACGGCGGACGCAUGCAGUAUGGUCUUUUCUUGAAAGGUAUUGGCGUUAGCCUCGAGGAUUCACUUCGCUUCUGGCGCGAGGAGUUCACCAAGAAAAUGGACGUGGAUAAGUUUGCACGCAGCUACGAGUACAACAUUAACCACAACUACGGCAAGAAGGGUUCAAUGGUUAACUACACGCCCUAUUCCUGCUUAAAGAUCAUUAAGGAGAUGGCCGCCCCUGGCGACUGUCACGGCUGCCCAUACAAAACACUGGACCCACCAGCGGUUAAAGCAAAGCUAUCCUCCUAUGGCCUAUCACCCAGUGCCAUUGAGGAGGUGCUGUUUUUCGUCUCGCGAGGACACUAUCAAUUCGCCUGUGGCAAAUACUUUAUGCUCACGCACAACUCGACGGUAGAGCCAACAAUUAAUCAUCCUAACCAUUACUUCGAGGAGAGCCAGAUCCUUAUGGGAAACAGACAGAAAUCCAACCGCACUCCGGGACCUGUACAACAACAUAACAAACUCCGAGCAUCAAUCAGAGGUGCCGCCAACAGGUCCAUGCUAACGGGCGACGACGAUGAUGAACUAUGGAAAAUUGCCGAAUCACAGGAGAAGGCAUAUAUGAGCCAAAAAGGCAUUGCCGAGGCCUUUGAUGAUGAUCUAGAUCUAACCGAAAUUAUUGAUUAACUAGGUAUAAUAAUGUAUACAUAGGGUAAAGAAUAAAAAAAAUAUUAUUAAGCUAUAUGAAUAGCAGGGAUCGCGAAUAAACGUUACGAGUUUAAAAAAUUGAAACCCUAUAUAAAAUCUGGGUAAAUGGAAAAAUUCAGGAUAUACUAUUCUCAGAUGAGCUAACCUUUAAACUGAAUUAACUUUUGUUUUUAAUCUUUAUUAAAAAUUUAUAAAAUAACACAGGGGAGCAAAAUUUUAAUCUCUUUUUGUUCCACGGAAUUUUAUGCCUGUUUACUAAUUCGAGGUCUACUACCUACCUAAAUUAUACUAACUACAUAUUUAUUAAAAUAAUAUUCUGAACGGUA